AUGGAGGCCUUCUCUGGUGUUUUAAUGUGCUACACUUCAGUAGAAUCUUCAUCAUCGUUGCUGGGAAGAACCAGAGGAAGCAGAACACGGUAUGGCCGAGGCAGUAGCAAAAACGCUGAGGAAGCGCAAAUCAGCGGCAAUGGAGGACACGGAUUCUACUCCUCUCCUCCUCCUCGACCAGAAAAGUAUCAUCUUGGUCCUCUACCCCAAUUUUUAAAGGAGAGGUAUUCCCGGUUGUUUUCUGUUCCUUCUGGCCGGUUUAAUCCGAGAAAAUGGAUGGAGUACUUCCGGGUGAUGCACAACAGUCGGGGAUUUGACAUAGACACCGAGUCUCUUCCUGUAAAGACCACCAAACCAAAGAUCAAACCUUGUGAUUUGAGCAAAGCUAAAGUUGCUGAUUCCAUCUUUGAGAUGUCACAGAAGUGUAUUCACCUCUACAACACCACAAAUCCUGAUUAUCCAUAUUCUUGCCUGAUUAUCCCAUCUUUGGUGGCCUUUCUAGGUGAGUAUGUUGUUUAUCCUGAUAGUUGUGCAGAGACGCCAAUGGCGGUGUUUUGCCAGAUGAAAAGUGUGGUCCUUGAAGAUUGGGAAAAGGUCAAGUAUACUUCUAAAUGCCGACUUGCUUGCUGCAGCACUGCUGCGUUUGGUGGUGCCUUGUCUCAAUAUCGUCCGGGGCCGCGCACGAAUCAACAAGCUCGAAAGAGCACUGGUUCUUGA